CAUCCCGAGGGGUGGGUCCUCCGGCAACAGAAAAGGAAAACCCACCUUUUUUCAUUGUUAAGGACGCGGUGGAAUGUGAUGGUUUAAUCUCAGAAGGACCAGGGAGGGGAAUAUCCGAGAGGAAAGGACCAGCGAAAGCGACUGAGGGAAAGGGGGAAAGCAAAAACCGGUUUCCCCCCUAUCGCCUCCAACUCUCUGGUCUUGGCUGCGAAUAUGUGGAUGAACUUGUCCCGGUCGUGUCGGCAGCUGCAGCGAGCCCUACCGUCCGCAUGAGCUCAACCCGCGUGAAGUUGUGGAUUUAUCGUUGCAUUUUUCGGACCCGGCGGUGGUGCUGCUAAGGAUGGAGUGUGUGUGGAGCUUGAUGUGCUUUAGAGGAAAGGAUGCAUCUUAAAUUAAAUUACAGAUUUGUCUGCUAAAAGCCACUCUGAGGGAAUUUUGAAGUCUUGAAGAGACGGUGACCAAACAAAACGGGCUGACAAGGGAAAGGAGCAUUUCCUUAAGAGCCUCACGGACUUGGUACCACAACGGCACAAAUGUGGACUCCCCAACACAUUUUCAUCAGAUAAUCAGGACAACAAAAGAUACUCAGCUGAUACAAGACAAAGAAAUCUGGAACCAUGUCUGAUCAUAAAGACAUGACGCAUCGCCACCUGAAACACAAGCUGCAGAGUCUUGGCCGAAGACUUGAUGAACUGGAAGAAGCAACCAACAAGCUACAAAAGUCUGAGGAUGAGCUUCUUGACCUGCAGGACAAGAUCAUCCAGGCAGAAGGAAGCAACUCAUCCCUGCUUGGUGAUGUGGAGGCCCUGAGAAAACGUCUCUUGAAGAUCCAAGGGAAAGAUGAGGAGGUACGCAAAGCUGAGGACCUUUGCCGCACAGUCAGAGAGAAACUGGAAGAGGAGGAAAACCUUACAAAGGAGCUAAAGGCAGAGAUUGAACGUCUUCAGCGAAGGAUGGCUGAACUGGAGAAACUGGAAGAAGCUUUUGGGAAAAGCAAGUCUGACUGCAGCCAGCUCUGCCUUAGCCUCAAUGAGGAGAAGAACUUAACCAAGAAGCUCUCAUCUGAGUUGGAGACACUAAAAGCUCGUUUGAAGGAGGUAGAGGGAUCUGAGACAAAGCUGGAGAGAGCAGAACAGGCUUUGGCUAUAGAGCUUGACAAACUCAAGGGAUUCACCCAGACCUUUGUGACUGAGCGUAAGAGGCUGCUAGAGAAACAAAGAGAGGAUGAGAAGAUCAUUCUGAAAUUGGAAGAAAAACUGGCACACCAAAAGAAUCGCCUUGGCAUGUCGACAGACUCAGGCAGAGCAGAUUUCAUGAGCUCAAGAAUUGAAGAUGAGCUGUCAUCCACAGCACUCUUGACAAGUAAACUGGCUGGACGAAAGAAGAGCCUUGACUACUCAAAACUAUCUGAGAAUGAGAAAAACAGCAGUCUUGAAGGCUCACAAGAGGACAACAAAGUAAAGGAGCUGACACAGGAGAUAGAGCGACUGAAGAACCGCCUUAAACAGUUGCAGAUUGUGGAAGAGGAUUUGAAGAACUCUGAGUCCAAAAAUGGUGAACUUCACGAAAAGUUCCAGAUAGAACGGAACCGAGUUCGCCAGCUGAGUGAGCAAGUGGAACAGCUCAGGAUGCAGCUGUGUGGAAAAAGUGGAAUUGGAGGAAAUGGAAUAAGUAACUUGGAUAAACAUGGCAAUGGAAGCACCCCUACUAAGAUAAUUGAGAAUGGCAAAGCUGAGAAUGACGAGAUUAUCCUGAAGGGAGGUUUUAGACAGGAGAAACCUAAAUAUAGAAGUGCAGCAACUGUCCCAGAACCCAGCUCCCCAAAACAUAGGAACAGGGACCUAUCUCCUCAGCAUAAACUAUGGAACAAAGAUUUUGGCCAGUCUGAGAAGAGUUCUCCUAAUUCAGCAAGGAGAGCUCUCAGUCCUGCCCACAAGAGGAGGACACCCAAAACCACAACUACCACAAAUUCAUCUGAUAAUGGAAUAAGAGACACAGUGCGAGGAGCUGAAGAAAAGCCGCGAGGAGCUGAGGAAAAACCAAGAGGAGCCACAUAUAGCUCUGUGAAUACAACUUCUGGUGAUACCAAGAAGGUGUCCGUCCUCAGUCGCUACCCUCCAGCAGCUAAUGACCAGAAGCCACUGAGGGCAGCUCACAAGCAAACUGAUGAUAUCAAGAAGACCAGAGAGAAGUUCUCAAAACUGUACGUAGGUAGUGAUAGUGAAUCAAACAACUCUGAUGUAGUGCCUGACAGUACCUCCAGUACAAUGAACAGCAUCCCUGCUCUAGAGAAGGAAACAGUGCUUGCCUCAGAUCAGGAAUUAGUAGACCAGGUUCAGGAAUCUGUAUCUGUUGCCUCUACCAUAUCCAAAACCAAUGGCUCAUACACAGCCUACAGAUCUCUUAUCACUUCAUUGCUGCCCAAUGACCAGGGGUCAGAGGGUCAUUCUUCUGCCUCUGAAACAGAAUCUACUGGAUCAAGACCCUCUGAACUGGACCCUGCAACUGAGGUAGCUGAGGCAGCUAGUACAACUGUAAGCAAUAGGACUGCAACCUCCAGGUAUUCUAGAUACCCUCAAAUCCAGGACUCACAUUCAGAGGGUUCUUCUUCCAGGAGCUCGUUUGAUGAGGAACUACACAGCCGGUCACAGGUAGUAGAGGGAGGUCACCAGGGACCCAUGCAUUCUCCGGCAGGGAUUGAAAUCCAGCGAGUAUGCAGUCCCAGAGAGGCACUGAGGUCAAAAGCUGUGAUCAAGCCUGCUAUUGUUGAAAUUGACAGAAAGGAAGUAAUGAUUUCAGAACCCUUGUCUUCAAAUGGGAAACCCAAGAUCUCCACCAAACCAAUAGUGACCACUACUAGUAAAAUCACCAGUAGUAUAACCAUCUACCCAAAUGAUCCAAGCUCUUCCAGAACCAGCAGUCGCAGCAGCAGUGUGUCCAGUGAACCUGUGCCUAUCAAAGAACGCCACACAUCUACCAGUAACAUCGUUAUAGGCCCCAACAGUGACCAUCAUGGCAGUAUUUCCGUCCCAUAUGAGAUCUCCAUACCCAAGAGUGAGAUCACCUUGCGCCCAUGCCAGGACCAGGACUGUGGGCCACCCACCCACAGUGAUUCCUCAAAGUCUAAACUCCAAAACGCUUCCAGGGUGGAGACCACCACCAGCCACCUGUGCUGCCAGCGCAGCAGCUUUAGCCUCCAGUCCCCAGAUGUCACUUCCACAGAUUUCAAUGACACAGAAUCAGGAUUUGAGAGCAGCAGCAGCAGCACAACCACCAUCACCAGCUGGAGAAGCCAAAGACAAAGCCAACUCUCCCAGGAAGACAGUUUGCCAGAUAUGAAGAAUGUGACUGUGAGAAGCCCCUGGAGGAACAGAGGUGCCAUGGAUGAGGCAUGUCAAGGAAGGGGUACAAGAGCAAUGACAGAUGGUGGGUCUGAAGAUGAAGCAGAAACUGCAGUAACAUGGAGGGCUUACAGGGCAACCACCUUUGACACAGAAGACACUGUAAACAGUGGAACAGGCAGCGGGAAUGCUGCAGCACAGAAGGGAGCCAAGCCGUCCCCUGCUGAGGUAUACAUGCGCAAGAUCUCUCAGUCUCCCCCUAUGGAAACAGGAGGCUUGGGACGGGCUAUACCCCAUGCACCCGUUACCUCUCAGUCCUGGAGCCGAUCGUAUUCACAACAAACACCGGCUUCCGAUAACCUAGAGCCCAGUCCAAACCCGAGCCACAGCCCAGCCUCUUGGAGACGACAGCUACCCAGUGGUGACCAGCAUCACCUGGGGACCUCUUAUGAUCGGACAACCAGGACAGCCGGAGCCUUAUCUAGAGGAGGGGAACCGUGGUCCAGUCGGGGGCAAGGCUUAGGGGCCAGAGCUGAGGGGAGAAGCGGAACCGGAGGCAGACUGUGGAGCCAGCGUCAGUCAGAGCAACAUUAGGCCAAGUGGGUCUGAGGAGGGAGUUUACAGCAAGUGGACAGCACUCCAUUAAGCUCUCGAUGGCAAAAGAAGGGUCAAAUGCUAGUUUCUCAUCAAAUAGCAGCCACAUAGAUCACCACCACCAUCUCCAGCAGACAACAUCUGCAGCUUUAUCAACAAGAAAAGAAAACAACAGUUGCAGCCACUGAACAACAAACCACCGACCUGACGAUGAGCGUACGCUGAGACACGGACGCCUCUUCCCGUGCAAAACUUUUUUCUGUCCCAGAAAAAGGUACGCAUGGAAAGUCAGCACCUGUACAGUGUUUUUGGGGGGGUUGCUUCAUCGGCCAGUGUAUUCUCUUCUGCUUCUUGUGUUGGAUGUAUUAUAGUGUAAUCCUGAGACUUGACAAGGGAGAGGCUGGCAUGCUGCACAGGGCUGGAGAUUUUCCUGUGCGCCAGAGAGUUGGAGGAAGAAGGACUCAAGAGUGAGAAUGCCUUUCUCGGAGAAUUUUACAGUAACCUCAGUAGAACUGGAAAUGUCACUUGUGCUUCAAAAUUUUCAGCUUUUCUUCAUCACUGAAAAGACAAACUCGAUCUUCAGUCGACAGCAGAGCAUCUUUAUGUCACAGGGCUGGGGUUUAUUCGUGUAGGAUUCUUCAAAAACCAAAAGAUCGCUAAUUUAAAUGUGACCAAAAACAGGAAGCGAAUUACCCUCGGUUUUUGUUUCAGACUCAUUUUCCUCUGAAAACCAUCUUCUUCUUCUUUUUUUUUUUUUUUUCCCCGCUCACAUAUGUACUGAACACAAGCCAUGCAAACAUAUCCACAAAACAAGAAGCAAACACAUACACAUUUUUAACUUUUAGGUUUAUUUUCAGCCCAUAUCCCGACUUUCCAGCGUGCAGUAACCUCAAACUGGAUUUAAUUUGAGGUCUCAGAUGCUGAACGAAGAUUUGCAUGUUUCUAAGUAAUAAAUGAAUACUUGAAAGAUUGUGACUCAGCAUGCUUAAGUGGUUGCUGGUUGGCUGGAUUUUUGGUGAGCACACACACAUACAGACCCACGC